UUUGAACCGUUUACUUCUCCGUUUAGUCUUGAUAAUGUUUUCAUUUGUAAUACAAUUGUGUCUCAUACAAAAUGCUGCGCUUGCUUUCGCUGAGAAUAAUGAAUUCCAUUUAGCAACAUCUAGCCUUCCAAAGGACUUAAAUUUUAUGCCUAGCUUAGCUAAUGGACAUUUAGGCUUUACGGUCUUUGGUGAUGCGAUUUAUUUCAAUGGUGUCUACAAUGGUGAAGCUGGGAAUAGCCGUCGCGCUCGUCUACCGCACAAUUUAAAUCUAACGAUAGAGGUUUUCUCAGAGCAUUUACGGGCCUACCGUCAAUAUCAACUUCCUCCGACGCAGUAUGUUAUGAAUUUGGAAGGCGGUUACUUUCAAUGGCAACAAAACUUAAGUGUCUCCUUAGGAGAUACGGUACAAAUUAUUCAAAGAAUUUAUGCUCAUCGAUAUUUCAAUCGAGCUUUAGUCUACGAUUUAAGUGUAAGCCGUACCAGCAGUCAAGAAACCUUGCUCAUAAAGUUGCAACAAAAUUCUGGUAAUAAAAGCGAGGCUUUCGAUAUACAAGAAAAAGCGUCGAAUAGCAACAAUUUUUUUAUAUAUAAGGCAUUGACACGCCAAGUAGAAGAUCCUCAAUUUCAAACGCAGCGUUCCACUGUAUACAUUAUUGAGAAUGACUGCAUCCCCCCUGAAGGAAAAUUUUUAAAAUUGAAGAACGGACAAAAAUAUAUGAGUUAUCGCUUCAUAUUAACCGCUGAUCAUAAGAAACAUGUGGCCUUGAAAGAAAUGCGAAAUGUUUUAAGGUUUAGCUCGCAAGAAUUGCUCAAUAAGCACGCCCAAGAAUGGGAACAUUUUUGGGAGCAUUUUCGUAUUGAAAUUAAAGGAAGUCUCGUUUUGUCUCAAAUAAUAAAUGCUGGCAUUUUUUAUUUGGCCAAUUCGUUGCCUUCAUCCACAAGCAAUCAGCCUAAUAAUCCAUACUGUGGCUUAAGUCCUACAGGUUUAGCUCGUGGUCAAUUGGAUGCCGACUAUCAGGGUCACAGCUUUUGGGAUACUGAAAUUUGGAUGCUGCCCAUAAUAACGCAUCUCAAUACGGAUUGGUCACGCAGAUUGCUUAAAUAUCGCUCCGACCGUUUAGCGGCAGCCAAUUACAAUGCUAUGGCAACCGGUUAUCGAGGGGCGAGAUUUCCUUGGGAAAGCGCUUUUACUGGCGUCGAAGUAACUAAUCCAUGCUGCCCUGAAGUGGCUCAACAACAAAUCCACAUAUCAGCCGACAUAGUUUUGGCUCUGCAGCAUUUCUAUGCAGUCACCCACGAUGAGACUUGGCUGUGUGGAACUGCUUGGACCUUGGCCAGCGAAAUUGCUGAAUUUUUAAUUAGUCGUGUUUCUUGGAAUAUUACAACCGAUCUAUACCAUGUUGAGAAUGUCAUGGGGCCUGAUGAAGACCAUAAUCAUGUUAAUGAUAAUGCUUAUACAAAUGUAGCGUUUAAAAAAGCAUUGGAAUUCGCUAGUUUUGUCUCAUCCGUAUGUUGGAAUCAAACUGAACAAAGCAAAGCAUGGUUGAACGUAGCUCAAAAGAUGUAUCUACCUUAUAACAAAUCAAACGAUUAUCAUCCUGAGUAUGCUGGCUAUGAGACGGGAGAGCAAAUUAAACAGGCGGACGCUAUCCUUUUAGGUUUCCCUUUGCAACUCGAUAUGGUCAAUACAACACGCUACAAUGAUUUAGUACUUUAUGAGAAUGUAACACGUGCUUCGGGUCCAGCUAUGACUUGGUCUAUGUUCGCCAUAAACUUUUUAGACGUCGGUUUUAAAACAAAGGCUGAUGAGUAUUUCCUAAAAGGUUUUGAGAAUUACAUAAGAUCGGAAUUUAAGGUAUGGAGCGAAACAUCUUUUCCUUUUAAAGGUUCCUCGAAUUUUCUAACAGGAAUAGGUGGCUUUCUCCAAUCAAUUCUUUAUGGUUAUGCCGGUAUUCGUUUUCAUUUAGAUCCAAAGGGCAGAUCGCAAAUGUUGCUUAAACAAAGUCAUUUACUGCCCGCAAUCAAAUCGUUUACUGUUAAAGGCAUAAAAUUUGGUAACGCAUCAUUCGCCUUAAAGAUAUUUGGCAAUGGGAACUCUCUAUUAACCUGCUUAAGCUUAGGCAGCCUUCCUUUACAAUUAAUGGGGAAAACCCCGGAACCGAUCAUCUUAACGGAUAACUGCGCAAUAUCUUUAGAAAACGAAACUGUUACCAUCCAAACGCCAGAGUUUACAUCGAAGCUGUGAUCCUCAACUUAAUAUACAACAUUAAACAAUUAUAGUAUUUUUAUGCAUAUUUUUCAUGGUUUAACUUUAUUAAAAAAUAACCAAAACACUGAGAGCAAUUAAGUUCGAGCACGUUCUUCUUGACUAGUGUAUAAUUUUUAUAUAUAAUAUAUAUACAUAUACUAUCAUCAUUUCAUGAUAUUCUAUGUUCAUCUAUAUAAAUUGGGUAAGAGAAAAUUUGCAUAUUUCCGUGUUACGCAGACAGAUAGACGAACAGACAAACAUGCGUGGUUUUUGAAACUGUCUGUGGUAUAUGGGUUCAAAUUUAUGUAGAUUUGUCUGCUGUAUUUUAUCGGUAAUAAGCAAAAAUUGAUUGAUUGAUUGAUUCUGAUCCUUCGACCGAUUUAUCCCAUUUUCAGUGCCAAGCUACGUGAAGAAACUUCCAAAGUUUCUGUAAAUUUCAAGUCGAUAGCUUCAUUUUUGCGGCCAGGAGAAUAUUUACAACAUACUAUAUACGGACGGACAAGCAGAUAGAUGGACAACCACUACUUAGAACCCCUUUUAUCCAAUUUAUCCAUUAAUGAUCCCACCUCGGUGAUUAAAGCCACCCAAAUCUUAAUAUACGCUGAUUAUGUUAAGCUCGUUCCAUCCUUUUCCUAGGAAUCGCAAUCGUAUAAGCUUCAAAUUGACGCAAACAAUUUGGUUACGUGGUGUUGAUUCUAUUUUGUGAAAUUAAAUCUAAGAAAAUGCAAGAAGCUUCCUUCUUUGGGUUGGGGCCCUGUUGUCUCUCUGCCUCCUCCUGUGUUGUCUUUACCAUCACUUGAGAAACGUAGAUUUUUUUCUUGAUGUU